UUAUCAAACUGUUUACAGAAUUAAAUAUAGACAGUAUUCCAUUUUUCCUAAACGCUUGGUAGUGCUGGGUGGUGGUUACUGGUGACUGGUACCUGCAAUUCUCAGAAAAUGCCACACCUCUUAUUCUCUUCAAUCGAGGUGCUUCCUCCUUUUUUUGAUCCUUCAUGGAGAUCCAUCAAUACCCAAAAGCCCAUAAUCUAAAAUAUCCUCUCCAUUUACUAAAAAAGUAGCCUACUUUCACACUCAAAUCCCUCCACCAUUUUCAUUUCUUUGCUUAAAGAUCCCUCUCUCCUUCUCUUUUAACAGUUAACACCCUCUCAAGAUAACACACAGUUUGAUGAAGUUACUGUUUUUUAUAAUCAAGAUCUGGGUUUUGUCUGCUUGAUUCGUGCAUGUAUAUAUCUGCUGAAAGUUGCUGCAUUUCCGCCAUGCUUAAACAGAUUUUAAGCAAAAUCCCAAGGAAGUCCUCAAAAUCUGAUCCAUUGGAUUCUGAUUCUGGAAACAGUUCUACCAAUUGGGGGAACGGAAUCCCAUGUACCAACAGUGGGAAUUCUUUUUCGAGUCGAUUAAAUGUUGUCAAAAGGGUAUCUUCAGCAGUCUUCCCUGCAAGCAUUAUGUCUGGGGCAGAGGCAGUGGAGCCUCACCUAUCCUUCAAAGAUGUUUCAAACAUGCAGAAGCAGAACCUUUUUGUUAGUAAAUUAAACUUUUGCUGUGAGGUUUGUGAUUUUAGUGAUCCAGAUAAACUUGCUGCUCAGCAAGAGCUUAAACGUCAGACACUGAUGGAUCUUGUUGAUUUUGUUUCUUCUGGAUCUGCAAAGUUUACUGAAUCUGCAAUGGCUGCAAUGUGUAAGAUGUGUUCAAUGAACCUAUUUAGGGUAUUCCCCCCAAAGUGUCGUUCCAAUAACACAGGUGGAGAAACUGAGGAUGAAGAACCAAUAUUUGAUCCCGAUUGGUCAUAUUUACAAUGUGUGUAUGAUCUACUACUGCGUUUUAUAAAUGCUGUUGAUGCAAAGGCAGCAAAAAAGUAUGUAGAUCAUGCUUUUAUUUUGAGAUUACUUGACCUUUUUGAUUCUGAGGAUCCAAGAGAAAGAGACUGUUUGAAAACAAUUCUGCAUAGGAUUUAUGGGAAGUUCAUGGUGCAUCGGCCUUUUAUUCGAAAAGCAGUUGGCAAUAUCAUCUAUAAUUUUGUUUUCGAAACUGAACGUCAUAAUGGAAUUGCAGAACUACUGGAGAUUUUUGGAAGUGUUAUUAGUGGGUUUGCCUUGCCAUUGAAAGAGGAACACAAGAUGUUUCUAUGGAGAGCUUUGAUUCCUCUACACAAGCCAAAAUCAGUAGGUGUGUAUCAUCAACAAUUAACAUAUUGUGUUGUACAGUUUAUAGAAAAGGAUCCAAAAUUGGCUAGUACUGUGAUUAAGGGACUGUUGAAGUACUGGCCAAUAACAAACAGCCAGAAAGAGUUGAUGUUUAUAAGUGAGAUAGAAGAGAUUUUGGAAAUGACUAGCAUGGAUGAGUUUCAUAAGGUCAUGGUUCCACUGUUUCGACGUAUAGGCUGCUGCCUCAAUAGCUCCCAUUACCAGGUGGCUGAACGAGCUCACUUACUAUGGAACAAUGAGCGCGUCCUAAAUCUUAUUGCACAUAACAGGCAGGUGAUUAUGCCUCUUGUCUUCUCAGCUCUUGAGCGGAACACACAGAACCACUGGAAUCAAGCAGUGCUCAACCUUACACAGAACAUUAGGAAGAUGUUCUGUGAAAUGGAUGAAGAGCUAAUGCUCGCCUGCCAACGUAAGUUGGAGGAGGAAGAUUCCAUGUUAAGUUUGAAAGCUGAGAAGCGGAGACUGACUUGGGAACGCCUUGAAAAUGCUGCAGCGGGUUUCCGACCUGCAGCUGAGAACAUUAUGGCUCCAGUAAAACCUGCAGCCACAUGUUCUGUUGCCUGCUAAUCGCAUGAUCAACACCCUUUGGUAAAGAAACAACCAUAUAUUAGCAGCUCUGAUUGCAGCACUGGAAAUGAGUUCUCGAAAUAGGAAGGAGUUUGGGAUGCUAGUAUAUGAUUCUUUUGCGUAUGUGCUAAGAAUGUUGUAUUAUAAUUGUGUUAAAAGUAGUACUGCUGCUGCCUUGAAGGUUUGUUUGGCAGAAGGGGGGCUGUUCGCUGCGCUGCUGGAAGUACAACCCCCCAUAGCUUGCAAUUAUGUGUAUUGACAUAUCUUCUAGGGUCACCAGAAGGGCAAAUGCUUGUUUUUUGCCCAUAUUUUAUUCUUUUAAGAGCUGUAAUUUAUCUCCCUGAUCUAAAAAUGGAGAUAUUGCUGUUAUCCUUUAGCAAGGAUAUUCAAGCUGUUUGCUUUGUUACACCUUGAACAAGUUGUAUAGCUAAUUCCAUUUCUUUUCUCUUCACCACAAAA